AUGAGUGAUCCAAGUACGAUUAACGGUGGUGUUUGCGUUGCAAUGACAGGCAAGGACUGUGUAGCCAUUGCAUGCGAUCUACGUCUGGGUAUGCAAUCACUGGGGGUCUCCAACAAUUUUGAAAAGAUCUUUAAAUAUGGCCAUGUGUUUUUAGGACUUACAGGAUUAGCAACAGAUGUGACAACUUUAAGUGAAACCUUUCGUUAUAAAACCAACCUAUACAACUUGAAAGAGGAUAGACCAAUCGAACCAGAAACUUUCACACAACUAGUAUCCUCAUCCCUUUAUGAGAGAAGAUUCGGACCAUUCUUCGUAGGACCUAUAGUGGCGGGAAUCAAUUCAAAGACGGGUAAACCAUUUAUUGCUGGGUUUGAUAUGAUUGGAUGUAUUGAUGAAGCCAAGGAUUUCAUUGUAAGUGGUACAGCUUCAGACCAAUUAUUUGGUAUGUGCGAAUCUUUAUACGAACCAGAUUUAGAACCUGAAGACCUGUUUGAAACCAUUAGUCAAUCGUUGCUGAAUGCUGUGGAUCGUGAUGCUCUUUCAGGUUGGGGUGCCGUAGUAUACAUUAUUCAGAAGGAUAAGGCGGUUAAGAAGUAUCUAAGAACCAGACAGGAUUGA